AUGACACCGUCACCCGCGACUAGUCAGGCUCUUGAGCCUCGUCAUUCCAAACCCUCGCAAACAGUCUCUGUGAACAUCUCCGAAGGCAGCCAGAGCCAGCGAUCUCGUCGAUUCCAGCUCGAGGUCAGUGAGUGCGUCGAGACUAAGACUGUUACGACCACUACUCGUCUCACACGCAAGUUUCCCCACGUCUUUGUCAGGGAUCCUGUGCCUCUCGAAAACCUCGACACAAAAGAAUACCCCCUUGCCAUGAAACCUACUCCCCCAGAACUGAUCGAGUUCUCCUACAAAUUGCCGGGUGCGCUCGAGACCGACGACGAAGGCGAGGAUGAGCCCACAGAGACCCAAAUGACAUAUAGCAACGGUCACUCCACCCCCGGCCGAAUCAAAGCCGAGUCCCCUCAAGAAUCGAAUACCCUCGUCCGAGUGCCCAAGCACCGAUCACAAUCUCCUUCAGAAGGCUACCCCCGACGCUCCCGAGCCUCAAGAGCCAGCCCUACAGACUCUCCCGAAUCAUCACAUACGUCGAACCCUCGACGAUUGCCUCGAUCAAACCCACUCAACGCUGUUUCGGACAAGCUUCGUCGCUCUAUAGCUCACGGCUCAAGCCGACGAGAAGGAGAGAGGUUAUCUAGAGCGCCUUCUGGCUUCCUUGCUACCCCUGAUACCUCAGAAGUCGUUGGUUCAUCUGACCGACCAGCUCGUCGACGUUCGUCACACCAUGAACGACAACACUCCCCCGAAGCAUCUUCAUCCGCUGUCAGCCCUCAUUACGAAGCCACUAGCCCUGUCGAAAGCGAUUCCCAUACCGUCUUCAGCAGUAAUGUGGCUACUCCACCAAUUACAGACGCCGAUGCCGAACCAUUUGCAGACAUAGAUGGAUCCUUACAGCAGCCUCUCCGUCCUUUCAACCCCAGACCCAGUAUCGAUGUCGUUGCUGCUCAAGAUGCUAGUCUUCCUAGUCCUAGACUGUCGCCUACUUUAGCAGCCGCUCAGUUACAUACCGCAGACGCUGAAGAUGAGGGCCAGUCCAGUUUCCAGACAUCAAACUCGGACCCCUCUCGCUGGGUCGAUGAAUCACAGCUGACAGAAGAUGAUACCUCGACUGCACUAGUCCCUGCUGGCCAUUCCCAGGAUGACUACGCGCUUGCCCGUCCUGAUGGAUCUCCCCAGGUUGUCGAUACGCAAACCUUGCUUGAGGCUUUCGACUCGAUGAAGACCGAAAUGAAGACAUUCAUGAUGUACCAGUUCCUUCGCCGAUGUCCUCGACCUACUCUUCGAGUUGUCGCCAACGCUGUCAACCCUGCCCUCAAGUGCGAUUUCCUUCGACAGCUACCUCUAGAGCUCGGAUACUCUGUUCUGUCCCAUCUCGACCACCAGGAUCUUUGCCGAGCUGCUCAGGUCUCCAAGCACUGGCGCAACCUAGUCGACCGCAAUGAGACUGGCUGGAAGGAGUUGUUUGACCGUGAUGGCUACAGGCUCCCCCCUGGCGAGCUUAAGAAGGCCAUCCAUCAGGGUUGGGGAUGGCAAGACCCUGUUGGCGCUAAUGGGUAUGAGAAGGAUUUGAGCAUGCGAAGCCGCCUGACCUCGACCGAGCACGAGCUUACCCGAAACCUUCGACAAGAGACGGCCUCGAAAUCCCGGGCUUCUAAGCGAAAGCGAGCGCUCAACACCUAUUCGGCUGCCGAGCGAUCGAAGCGACGUGCAAGUGCUCAGGAGGUCGUGACUCGCGAGGAAAGCAAGUCGCAGCCCGAAGUCAGACAGCACCCAUCAGAGGGACCCCUGUCUGCUGCCAGCGCCGCCCUCAAUGCUGUUCCUGACCCUCAGCUUGGACUACCAAGUCUCCGCGAGAUGCAUCUCUUCAAGUCACUAUACCGCCGCCACCACAUGAUCCGUAAGAGCUGGACCAGCGGCGAGGUAAAACCCGGCCACGUCGCCUUUGCAGCUCAUCCUCGCCACGUUAUCACGUGUCUCCAGUUCGACGAGGACAAGAUCAUCACUGGUAGCGAUGAUACCCUCAUUCACAUUUACGACACCAAGACAGGCAAGCUCCGCAAGAAGCUUGAAGGCCAUGAGGGUGGUGUCUGGGCACUGCAGUACGAGGGCAACAUGCUUGUUUCAGGCUCAACCGACAGGUCUGUCCGUGUUUGGGAUAUUGAGCGUGGACUCUGUCAGCAGGUGUUUUACGGACAUACAAGUACUGUUCGUUGCCUGCAGAUUCUGAUGCCUACUGAGACUGGCAGAGACUCUGGCGGACAGGCUAUCAUGCAGCCCGAGAAGCCUCUCAUCAUUACUGGUUCCAGAGACAGUCAGCUUAGGGUUUGGCGUCUACCCGAGGUGGGCUCCCGUCGCUACAUCCAGACGGGCCCCCCAGCUCACGAGUCGGAUUGCCCUUACUUCAUCCGAGUACUGGCUGGACACACUCAUUCCGUUCGCGCUAUUUCGGCUCACGGCGAUACCUUGGUCAGUGGAUCUUACGAUAGCACCGUCCGUGUUUGGCGCAUCAGCACUGGUGAGGCGCUGCACGUCCUACAUGGGCAUCUUCAAAAGGUCUACUCUGUGGUUCUUGAUCAUGAGCGCAACCGUUGCAUCUCUGGCUCUAUGGACUCGUUGGUCAAGAUUUGGGAUCUUGCAACAGGCGCGUGUCUGUACACACUCGAAGGACAUAGUCUGCUGGUCGGGUUGUUGGACCUUCGCGACGAGCGUUUGGUGUCAGCGGCUGCUGAUUCGACUCUUCGAAUUUGGGACCCAGAGAAUGGAAAAUGCCGUAAUACGCUUAUGGCGCAUACUGGGGCUAUCACCUGUUUCCAGCACGAUGGUCGCAAGGUCAUUAGCGGCAGUGAAAAGACAGUCAAGAUGUGGGAUGUCCGAACUGGCGAGUGCGUCCAGGACUUGUUGAGUGAUCUUAGCGGUGUUUGGCAAGUCAAGUUUGACGAGCGACGUUGUGUGGCUGCCGUCCAGCGAGACCAGCUCACAUAUGUCGAGAUUCUUGACUUUGGAGCUGUCCGAGAUGGCAAACCCCCAGAAGAACUGGGCAAGCGCAUUCUUCUCAAUGAACCCGAGGUGCGGGCCAUGAUUGAGGAAGAAGCGUGAGAGAUCAGAUUACGUACGAAACUGAUGACGGGAUAUAAAUAUCAGUGAUAUGGGUUUACACGCGACUUGUCAGUCUAUAUGGCCGACUAAUGAAAUCAACUGGCGUUUAGGCGUCCGACAUUUAUGCAUAAACAACACACACAGUUACGAGGUACAGCAUGACUGGAAGGAAAGGCGUUUUUUGUUAUUGUUUCGCGGAUGGGAGCAUAUACCUAUUGUUUAUUUAAAACAUAAGUUGAUUCAGUGUCUACAGGCUCAGACGGACAGACAAGAAUGUAGUGUCUUGUGUUGAGCCUGGAGGAUGAACAAAAGCCAUGUUUUUGGGGCUUAGCAUUACAGUU